CGAUAAUUUUGAGACAGCUGUUCUUGAUUUUUUAUGUAAUGGUGAAAGUGGAGGUGGAAUACUGUGGCGUCUGCAACUUCAGCGGGCAGUGCCGCCUGCUGCGCGAGUUCCUGCUGGCCUCAUCCCCCGAUUUGGAGGUGUCCUGCCGCCAAGGACGCCGAGGAUCCUUCGAGGUGGCCAUCGACGGACAGCUUGUGCACUCUAAGCUCUCCUGCCUGGCAUUUCCACAGCAUGACAGUGUCCUGGCCCAGGUUCAAAAGGCGCAGCGCGGAGAGCCAGUGGAAAAGGUCCUGGAGCAGCCCAUCAAGGACUGCAGCGUUAUGUGAUGAUCUUUAGUAAACCCUAGUUUAUUCAGAUAUGUUAAAUUUAAGUUUGCACCAAAGACAAUGUUAGAACAUCCAUCCCUUACGAUAACCUGUGAUAUAAGGCUUUUCGAGUUCAUUUAUAUAGAAGGGCAUUAUAUUUCCUUGAUGAUACUUUAAGGAAUUCAAAUUUAAGCAUAAGGAAGUGAAUGUAAGGAAUCCUUAAAUCUUAUUAAACGAGAUACC